CAGUCAACCUCUAAUACCACCGUGGGAGUUUAGCUACUGAAGUUAUUCUAAGUUUACAAACUUGUGUACCUAUCGCAAAGAGCUUGAUUGACAUUAUAUCUCCAGGCUUCUCUUGGAUACUAAGGACUUUGACGGAAGCUUUCAACUAUACGAUGGAAGGUGAUUGCAGCAGAGUGAUGGUAGACGUGGAGAGUGGCCCUGUGUACCCAGCAACGACCGUGACCCUGGUACGGGACAAGUCCACACCCCGGCGGAGGCUGUGUGGUGCCCUGCUGGCCAUUGCACUGUGUGUCUCAGCUGCGCUUUUCAUUACCUGGCACGCCAAGAAACAAGAUCACGUCGAGGAAGUUGAUGGUGAAUACAACAGCAGUGGAGAAUACAAGACCGCAGUGGAGUGGACAGUAGACGAAGGCCAGGGAUUCUCACAGGGGGGUCUUAAACUCAACAACAACGAGAUUGUGAUCCCUCAGGCGGGCCUUUACUUCGUCUACAGCCAGGUCUCUUUCCACGUCAGCUGCAAGGCCGACCCCAAGCACCCUAACAACCAGAAGAUGGUUCACCUGAGUAACACGGUCGAGCGCUGGUCCCCAAGCUACGGCACCGAAGACAACAAGAAGGAACAGACGCUGCUCAGCUCUGUACGCACCGUGUGUAAGAAGUCUUCCAACAGCGAGGAGAGCGAAGGAAAGCGGUAUAACGCCGUGUACAUCGGAGCAGUGUUCAGACUGGAGAAGGGAGACACGCUCUGGACAGUCAUAGAGACCAGGCUUCUGCCCCAACUGGAGACGGGUGAUGGGAAGAACUUUUUUGGCGUGUUCGCCUUGUGAGACAGAUAAAAAUGGCUGACGAUAGAGAGGAAAUGCUACGUCCCAAAUGCCACCCUUUGCCCUAUACUUUAACUACGGGUGCACUAUAAUAGGGAAUAGGGUACCAUUUUGGACGUAGCCUCAGUGUGAGUGAAAGGUUCAUACAGUUGGAGGGAGUGGACAGCUAAAUCCACGCAGGAGAAGAGGAUAAUGGAAGGUUACCUGAUAGGAGUCAGGGCCGUUUCAUCUACUGACAUUGACUGAGGUUAAGGCUUUGUGUUGUUUCGUGUUAAAGCCAAUGCAUUAUUUAUUUUUUUACUCUUCUGUCAAAGAUUAGGAAUUAUAGCCUGGGUACCAGUCUGUUUGUGCCAUCAUGCUACUUCUUGCCAUGCCAAACAUUGGCUUCCAUGACAGUAUGAUGUAGGCAAGAGCACAAGCAGAUCUGGAACCAGGCUAGAGAAAUUAUACCAAUCUAUCGAAACUGUAGCAGUUUAUUUAUAUAUACUUGGGGUUUAUUGUAUAACAAAUGUGUUGCCAUGGUGUUACCAUGACAGUACAUUUCUAUGAUGCUAAUGUUGAACUACCAUCCACAGCACAUAAACCAACCCACACUAUAUAUAGAUAUAGAUAUAUAUAUAUAUAUAAUAUAUGUAUAUUCUACUAUCUGAAGAAAUUCUGACAUACAGUAUGAUUCAGUGUAU